CUUCUGAUUAUUCUUAGUGCGUUGAUUGCGUGGGUGGAUCCUAAGAAUUGUGUGCAUAUUUGAAAGGUGUGGAUGAAUGGUACAGCGAUAAAUCGAAAAAGAUCUAUAAAAAUAAUUUUAUGGAUAAAAAUAUAAAUUGGACGUGAAAUUUUUACAAAUAUCAUAAUCACAUUUAACUAUUUACAUGUGGAAAAGCAAUUAAUGUUAAUAAAAAAUGAAAAAUUAUCUUUUAAUUUGUUUUAUUUUGAAUAUAUACUUAGGACACACUUUUAACUUAGAACCAAGAAUACCUAUCAUAAAAAAAGGAUUAAGUGGUUCUUAUUUUGGCUAUUCUGUAGCUGAACAUCAAGAAAUUUCUGAUGAUAACAAAGAAAAACCAAAAAGCUGGAUGUUAGUUGGUGCUCCUUUAGACCAAAAUAAACAACCAGCAACUAAUAGGUCUGGUGCAUUAUGGCAAUGUCCUUUGACAACACACAAAAUGGAUUGUACUCAAGUGAUCACAGAUGGACGACUAACAGAAGAAGGGGGUCUGUAUAAUACAAGCUUUGAAUCUGAUGACUUAGUACCACCAGGUAAUGAUGAAAUCAAAGAUAAUCAAUGGUUGGGAGUAACAGUGCGUAGUCAAGGUAUUGGUGGCAAAGUAAUGGUUUGUGCACACAGACAUAUUGUAAAAACAGCAGAUUCGCAAUGGGGACAAGGGCAGUGUUACAUAUUAACACAAGACUUAAAAUACCAAGAUUUAAAAAAGCCUUGUUCUGGAAAACCUACCAACAAAGCUCAUGAACAAUUUGGGUAUUGUCAAGCUGGAACCAGUGGUGUACUAACUUCGGAAGAUCGUGUUGUUAUUGGUACUCCAGGUCCACAUACGUGGAGAGGAACUCUAUACCUCUUCACUAUUUCAGAUGAAUUUUUAACUAGAGAUAACACUGUUUAUAAUGCUCCAAUGCAAGAUGCCUCUCCUGUCAGUAAAUAUAGCUAUUUAGGGAUGUCAGUUGCAGUCGGUAAUUUCUUUGGUACUGGAUUAGCUUAUGCUGCUGGAGCCCCACGUUCAAAUGGUACUGGUCAAGUUGUGUUACUUACAAGACGUGAAUUAAAACCAGAUAUGGAUGUUGCUUUUAUUUUGGAUGGUGAACAGUUUGCCUCAAGCUUUGGGUAUGAAAUAACUUCGGCAGAUGUUAACGGAGACAGAAUUACUGAUCUUAUUGUAGCAGCACCCUUUUACUUUAGUAAGAUAGAAGGUGGUGCUGUAUACGUGUAUACAUCAUUACAGAAAACUUAUCAGGAAGGUGAAAAAAGUAAACCUGUUAAACUUGUUGGGCGUGAAGAAUCAAGAUUUGGGUUUGCUUUGACAAAUCUGGGAGACUUAAAUAAAGAUGGAUAUGAAGAUAUUGCUAUUGGAGCACCUUAUGAAAAGAAAGGAACUAUAUACAUAUACCUUGGUUCAAAAAAUGGAAUAAUUACAACUCCUUCACAGGUAAUACAUGCUGAAGAUAUGCCUGAACCAUUACAAACAUUCGGUUAUUCAUUAAGCGGUGGAAUUGAUAUGGAUCAAAAUGGAUACUCUGACUUAUUAGUUGGUGCUUAUGAGAACGAUGCUGUAGCACUUCUUCGAUCAAGGAAAAUAAUUGAUAUAACUACUUAUAUUCGGUACUUAAAAAAAGAUGGCACUUAUCAAGAAAAGAUAGAACCUAUUGAUCCAAACAAACUCGAUUGUCCAGUAGAUUCAAGUUCAAAUCAUACAUGCUUUUCAUUUGAAGCUUGUUGCAAAACUGAAUCCCUUGUAAAGAAUGAAGACAUGCAAAAUUUAAAACUAAAUUAUUAUAUUGAAGCUGAAACAUAUACUGGUGUUAAAAAAUUCUCUCGAGUUUGGUUUGGUGCUGGAAAUUCACGUUUACAUUAUGUAAAUCGUACUGUUAUAUUAGACAUGACAAAAUUGGAACACUGCCAGAAAGAAACAGUUUAUUUAAAGGAAAAUACACGCGAUAUUCAAUCGCCUAUUAAAUUUCGUUUAAACUAUUCCUUAAUACAAGAAGAACCGAUUAUGCCUGAGCAAGGUGAACCUUUACCUGACAUAAAAAAUUUUCCUAUAUUAAACCAACAAGAAGCUGCUCGUGUAUUUGAUGCAACCUUUCAAAAAGAUUGUGGUAAUAAUGAUAUUUGUGAAAGUGAUUUACAAGUUCUAGCACGACUAAAUUUAUCAGCUUCUUCUGUGAAACAAAAUUUCUACGAACUCCUGCUAGGUGAAGUAGAAGAAGUUGUAGUGGAUGUAAAUGUAUCUAAUGUUGGAGAAUCUGCAUACGAGGCACAAUUAUUUAUUAUACAUUCUUCAAGCUUAAACUAUAUUGCUAGUAAAAGCAAUGAUUCUAUAAGUUGCAAUAUACAUAAUAGUAGCUUAGUAGCAUGUUCUAUCGGAAACCCAUUCAAGAAAGAUAAAUUGGUAAAUAUACAAGUAAGAUUUGACCCUAAAGGAUUAGAAGAUAAUAAGUCGCAAUUGGAAUUUGUAAUAUUUGCAAAUUCGACUUCAAAAGAAAUGAAAGACAAAGAACCUGUAACAUUACAAGCAAUGGUGUUGAAACGAGCUGAAUUAUCAAUUAAAGGGACCACGAAAAUUCAGUCGCCCUAUUAUGGUGGACCAGUUAUAGGAGAGUCAGCUAUAAAACAUUUAAAUGAAGUAGGGCCUAAAGUUUCUUAUAUUUAUGAAGUAUUUAAUGAAGGUCCAUGGCGAGUAAGUAGCUUAGAAGUACGUAUUUCAUGGCCUUAUGAAGUCGCAAAUGAUAAAGCCCAUGGUAAAUGGCUUUUAUACUUAGAAGAACUGCCAACUAUACAAGUAUCAGGUGCUGGUGAAUGUAUACUACCACCAGGACAUGUGGUAAAUCCAUUAAAGUUGCAGAAUAAUAUCAAUGAUGAUAUUGAUGUUUUCCAGUCUACACUGUCUACUCCUACGUUACAUAAUCAUACGAAUCACAUGAGAACGAAACGUGAUACCGAAAAAGUUGUUAAUACACGAACUAUUAUUGGUAAAGAUGGCCAUAGACGUCAAGUCGUUUCAAUGAACUGUAAAGCUGGAACUGCAAAAUGCUUUGAUAUUACAUGUUUCAUAUAUAAUUUACAAAGGAAACAACAUGCUUCCAUAACUGUUAAAGCAAGAUUGUGGAAUUCUACUUUAGUAGAAGAUUAUCCAAAAGUAGAUGAAGUAAGAAUAGGUUCUAAUGCAAAAAUAGUUAUUCCACCCAAUAUUGUGAUACAACAAGAAAAUUUGAAAGAUGAUUAUGCAAUUGCUGAAAUAAUUGUAUAUCCUAACCCUCUUGAUCACCAAGAUGAACCAGUUCCAAUUUGGGUAAUCACAAUAGCAGUAGUAGCAGGUUUGGUACUACUUAUUCUACUUACUUUAGUUCUUCGAAAAUUGGGAUUCUUUAAAAGGCGACGACCAGAUCCCACAUUGUCAGGAAAUCUUGAAAAGCACAAAGAUGAUAAUCCAGAAAGUGAAGCAUUAUUCAAACGCUAAACGCCACAACACAAAUACUUAAAUUGUCAUAUUUACUUAUGCUUGAAGUACUUAUAGUAAACAAUAUUAAAAUAUUAAGCACCUAGAAGGAAAGAAAUAUACCGUGUAACAUUUAAGUAUUUAAAUGCAAAAAGUUUUGUAUCCAUAUUGUGAUAUGUUAACUUAUCCGUAGCUAUUUAUGUUGCUGUUAAGAAAAACAUAAAAUGUCAGCUCUUCCAGAUU